AUGUCAGACAACAAACAACCUACGGAAACGAAAGAAAACACCGCUGGACCAUCAAACGGCACCACCGCAUCAACACAACAAACGGAGAAAAAGGUUUUACCUAAAUUAGGUGCUUUGGAAGACGAUGAUGAGUUUGAGGACUUCCCUGCAACAGAUUACGGAGGUAACGUACUUGACGCCAUGAAGAAAGCAGGUGAUGGACCAAACGAUAAUCUAUGGGAGGAUAACUGGGAUGAUGAUGAUGUGGAGGAUGAUUUCACAAAGCAAUUGAGGACUGCAAUUCAAGAAAAGCAAGGCGCACCUGACGAAUUCAUGAAAGAAUAA